CUGUCGAAAUGGCAUAUUGCGCCAGGAUAAGAACAAAGUCUGAGCCACUUCAGACCUGACAAGUGUUGGGCCUCGAUGGACUGCCAAAACAAGUUCCAGCAAUUUUGGUGUUCUGCUUCAAACAGGCUGCCAUGGAAAUUAAAGUGCUGUCUAAAUUAGGAGUUAAAAUUGCAGAUGUGGCUCCUUCAUCGCUGCCCCUGGGGGGCUCUAGGUGGAUGCGUUUGCAUUACUCAAGCGUUAUUUUGUGCAGAAAUAAGAAAGAUGCCGAUCAAAAUAGGAGGAGGUUAUUCUAACUUGAUUGACAGUUGAGCCGGGCGUGGUUUCAGUGCAUCAGCGGACACGCCCACGGCGUUGGAACGGUGGAGCGAGUGACUUGAUUUUUCACCAAUCUGAAGCCUCGGUCUGUUUACUUCGUUUAUCGUGACUUGUGAAAUUGUGAAAUUGUCGGGGUUGUAAACACCCUUCUUCCGUAUCGUCUCAAAUUUACAUUCCCCCCCCCCCCACUUUACACGGAAUUUCAUGAAUUGACAUAAGAGCCAUAGCAUUGUUGUUGUUUUAUACACUGAUGUGUGUGCGCGUGUGUCCUUUCAAAAAAAAAAAACCUAGAAGUUAAGCCCCCACCCAUGUUUGUUUUGAUGUAGCUCAUGAGUCAUGAAGAUUGGCCCGCAAAGCAAACAGGCGUGCGCGGUGCAAUUGUGCGGCGCUGGUACGCAUUUGUUGCCCUGACAGCACGAAGGCGGCGGUGCCACCCCGUCGCCGCAAUUGGGCGCCCGGGAUGCGGGCCGUCGCUGCAUCAGCCGGCGGCUUCCAAUCCGCUUGAACGCCGAGCGAGCGAGUCACGAGGUCUGCUGGGGGGAGGGGGGGGGCGCGUGCGCUUGUGUGUGUUAUUUUCGCCCCUCCACGUGUCGGUCCGGGCCGAGCAGGAGGCGGGACCCAAACAAAGCACCUGAUUGGUCCGAGCGCUGUCACCAGCUUUUUGGCGGCUAAAGGAGGAACGCGGCUCUUAAAGAGACACGCACUUUGUUUUGAUUCCAAAAUUGAAAUUCCACUGACCACUGUCGGCAAUCAAAAACGUGCGUGCGUGUGUAGGUGUGUUUAAUCCUCUAUAACUAAUGUUGAAUUGAGUUUAGCUGAGUAAACAUCGUCUAUCCAAAUACCAAAAUAACCAAUCACGACAUCAUUUUGUCCAAUGAAGGCCAACGAGUGUGAUGUCAACAUAUGCGACAGUGGGCAAGUUUGGGGUCAUCGGUAAUCUUCAAUCAAGUGCAACCCGUGUACAGAUAUUAGCGUUUUUGCACAAUGGCCGGAAGCUGAUUCGGAUGGUGAAGAAGCGGACGAUUUUGCAUCAUUUGGCAAAGACGACAUUUUGUUGUUGAUGUUGGUCGGUGGAAGUGCGCGCUUAUUUCCGCCUUGUAUGAGUUCUUCUAUUCGAUGCUGCUGCUGAUAAAUGCCAUGUUUUUCGAAAAGGCUACCCGAUGACACCCCCGCGCCCUCCCCCGCCCCCUCUCUCUCUCUCUCUCGAUGAGCUGGAAUGGGUGUGCUCUCCAAAGCGAGGCGGGCGGAGUCUCCAGCAAACUCCGGCAAAACACGAGCCUCGCGCCGCCUCUACACAAACACGCCGCAAGCCGCCGGGAAGCGAGCAUCGGAGCUAAAGGCGAGCCUGUCGCGGCUGCGGGGAGGCGGAGACGAACCGACUUGACAAGAUUGCACCCAUUCGAACGGAAAGCGCUUUUACCGGCGGGAGUUUAGCGCCGAGGCGUCCGAUGGACGAUGAGGAGGAGGACACGUCGCGGCCCCGGGGGGCGCCCUUGGCCGACCUCAAGUACGGCGAGCGGGCCGCGCGGAUCCCGUCGCCCGCUCUCGCCCUCGUGCCGCGCGUCCGCGACGACGACGGAGGCGGCAUCUGCGCGCUGGCCUGCGACUUGCAAAUGCAGCCUGGCGUACCCUUUCACGACAACGCCACGUGGCGCUGGCACUUCCCCGCCCGGUUCGAGCCCCUGGAGGACCGGGGAGCGAGGCGAGUCGCCGCCGCCGAGGAAGAGAGGCGGCGGCGGCGAGAGGGGGAUGACAGGACGGCGGAGAGGCCCGGCCGGCGGCAGCGGGCGGCGCCCAGCGCCGAGGCGCAAAUCGGACAGAAACUCCGGGAGAUCGGAGACAAGUUCCAGCGGGACCACCUCGAUGCGUUCCUGAGGCAGCAAAGACAAAACCUGCCCGCCUGGAUGCGCCUCACCAUGGCCCUGUUUGGCUUCCUCUUCCCCAGGCCGUUUGCCGUCCCUCCGCCGAGGGCGGAGCAGCGAUGAGAGGCCCCGCCCCCGCCGCCUUUUCCUCCCCUCAGUGUCACGGGAGCAGACUUUUUAGAGACGGACGGCACUGUAAGAUGGAACACGGGUUUCUGAUUCUUGCUUUUGUUUUGUUUUUUAAACGAAGAAGAGUUACAGGGAAAAAGGACAACUCUGGUCUCCGCUGGACGGAGGCUGAUGGCAUUUUGAGUUUGCUUUGGUUUCUUAUUUGUAUGAACAUUAUGAUUAUUUGGGUUGAAGAAGAAGCCAUUGAGUUUGAAGAGAUAUUUUGGAACUACGACCUAUUUUGUACAGCUCUUUUCCUUUUCCUUUUCUUCUCGGAAGUGAACUGGCAUGCCGGGCCCCGGGAAUGCCUUUGGAUUUCCUUCCCGCCGCCGCCUCCAGGAAGAACGCUCAAGUGUUUGUCGUUGUUGGGGUUUUUUUUGGUCUUUUUUCUUUAUUCCUCGCCUACAAGGCCUCAGCUUCCAGCCUUGGACCGUUGUCGGCCGCCGCCGCCUUGAGUUCACCACGUCAAGGCGGACAUUUUGAGAGUGGGCGAGCGUCCAGUCAGGGAAACACGGAAACAAUCAAGACCACCGGGAAGCUUUUGCCUCCCAAACUUCUCGGGAGAAUCUUUGUGAGCGAGGCCAUGAGCGAUGGUACGCGGCUAACGGAAUCGGUCGCACCAAGGCUGGCCCGGGCAGCGGCGGCGCCGCGGUGCUGCGAGGCAUCUGAACUGCCCAAAGAAGAAACGCUCGGCACGGCCAAUCAAAGUCCCCCUUCUCACCACGCCCACGCCAUGGGAUCGGCGCCUCCGGUGGCCACACGUAAAGGCGUUCCCCGCGUUAUCCGAGCAUCUGUCUUUGGCCGUCCCCAUCAUCUCCCGCCGCUCAAAGUUAGGCCUGCGUUUGCCAACUUCUGAAAUAUUCUGAAAGUACAAAUUGAGUCGAUCUUCACUCAGUGAAAUGAGCACCCGCCCCGAAUCGACGCACCAAGUUGGAUGUAUUCUCUGGCUCUCCUGUCGGAACGUUUGGAGACACUGAUCAUGUUGGGGGGGGUUGCGUUUUUUUACUUUUUUUUUUUUUUUGAGGGAGUACUCGACAGCCUUCUGCUUUUGGGGGCUGAUGGGGAGCGGGGGGGGGGGGCAAUUGCGAGAGCCACGCCGUUUGUUUCCUGCAAACACCGAACGCUGAGCCACUUGGGACUGUACGCGCUCGUUCCCGCUCGCCCAGCUUAGCACGGCGUCGGGUUGCUCGCCCAACCUCCUCAAAUGAGUUUUGUUCAUUUAUUUACAGAUUUAUUGGGGCGGUUGAUGAGCCGUGUGCUGGAGGCGGGGCCUCAAAAUAUCGCCGCCUGAAUUUCACCCCCAUUUUUCCUUCCUCUUCAUAUUGCAAACGGGCUCUCGCCAACCGCAAACGUUCAUAUGGGGUGAAUCUAAAAAUGACAUUUCAAUUGUGCGACUUUAUUUUCCAAAACGCUGCACUUACCUCAUCAUCUGAGUUUCUUUGUUCAAUUGUGAAUGGUAAUAUGAACUCAAACUUUUUCGACAACGUUCACCCCGUUGUACUUUGUGCUCAUGGAAUGACAAAGUGGGCGUUUUUUGUCAUCCUAAUCGCGACGAAAGCUAUUUCUCCGUGUUUCUCAUCUCAUUCGAGAAGGUUUAAAACAUGUAAGAUGGCAACUUUGGUUCCAUUUUGCACCGGGUGAGGUGCAUUUUGACGCUUUGGUAAAUUCCGAUUUUUUUUUUUCCCAGCCCGGCUGGCUCUCGCGCUUGUGAUUGGUUUGCUUUCAGUCAAACCCGAAGGAUACCUUUUGCGGCUUUGGCCCCGCCCCCGCGCGCCCGGCACGCGUUCUCCCGACGAGUCGCGGCAACUCGACGGACAAUCAAAAUGUACGAAAAGGUGCCUUGUGUGCGUGGUGGUCACCGAGGCAACUUUUUUGAGUCUUUGUGCUCAACGUGCACUGUACAAACAAACAAACAAAUCUUGUUGUUGUUGUCGUCGUGGUGGUUUUCUACUCCCGUGCUGACCUUCCUACUCUUUUUGUAACACGCUGGACGAGGAGGAAUGAAUCACCGCCGGUGCCCGGUAUGAUCCCGUCCGGGACUCUUUGUUCGCUCCAGCCUUUGAAGCGUCUUCUUCCCAUAUCACCACGGGAGAAGGGGUCCAAAGUGCAUCCAAAGUGCUGUCAGGUGCUGUGUCUACUUGGGUGUUUUUUUUUUUUUUUAGGGGGGGGGGGGUUGUCAUUUUUUUCUAUACAAGUCAGAUAGGAAUUUGACCCCAUUUCUAUGGACACAAGUUUUUCAAUUUUUCUAGCCUAAAAAGGGCAGGCGCAACCACUCGGCUGCUCUCUUUUGUUUUCUACAAUGGCUUUUUCCAAUGUUUUUUGCUUUUAAUCUACAAAAAACAUUUUCUAGAAGUCUACUGUGUCACUCUCAGUUCAAGGGCUUUUUCUCAAUCGAUGUUGGAAAAAAAUGCAUGUCUGAUAUUCCUGAUUACAAGACGGAGCCGUUUGGAGCCUUUUUUAAAAUGUUUUUUUUAAGGCUUGUUUGUUUUUGUUGUGGGGAUUGGGAGGGGGGGGGUCCAAGUAACCCAAUGAUUUCACAGUGUCUGGCGUUUUGCGAGGCCCGGUCCAGAUGUAGCAGUUAGUCGUUUCCUGUCUUUGGGAUGAGCGGGAGGACAUGGGUUGGGAUUGAGUUUUCUCGUGCAAUAUGCUGUACAUAAGAGCUUGGCUCUGCGAAAUCUUACAAUGGCGUCAUUUCUUCUGUUGUUCGAUGGCUACUUUGGGCUCUUUUCUUUUGGUUUUUCAUUAAAGCUUUAUGGACAACAAA